CUGACUUCUAGAAUCCUGUGUCCGGUUGACUCCUCUACUAUCUGCUGGGACAUCUAACAGACAUCUCCUCCUGCAUAUGCACAGAAGUGACUUCUGAGCUCCCCCAAAGGCAUUCACCCUGCAGUCCUCUACAUCUCAGGGAAGAAGAGAAGAAGAGGAGGAAGAGGAAAGAAAAGGAGCCAGGAAUGGCUCCUAUUCAGGGACGGUUGUCAUUCAAGGAUGUGGCCAUAGAAUUCUCUCAGGAGGAGUGGAAAUGCCUGGACCCUGCUCAGAGGGCUUUGUACAGGGACGUGAUGUUGGAGAACUACAGGAACCUGGUCUCCCUGGAUAUUUCUUCUAAAUGUGUAACCAAGGAAUUACCACCAAAAGGGAACAGAAAUAGAGGAGAAGUAUUUCACACAGUGAUGGUGGAAAGAUAUGAAAGCUGUGACAUUGAAGAUUUUUGCUUCAGGGAAGAACAGAAAAAUAUACAUGACUUUUUGUGUGAGUGGAGAGAUGAUGAAAGAAGUUAUAAAGGAAUGCCUGUGAUCCAGAAUGAAAAAUUCACUGGUACAAGAGUUCGACAUGAUAGAAUAGAUGCAGAAAACAGGCUUAAUAAAAGUUGGCUUGGAUUUAGCUUUCAGGCACAGCUCCCAAAACUGCAGCUGUUUGAGUCUGAAGGGGAAAUUUAUGAAUGUAAUGAAGUUGAGAAGUCUGCCAACAAUAAUUCCUCACUUUCACCACUUCAGCAAAUUUCUUCUAAUGUGAAAACUCACAUUUCUAAAAAAUAUGGAAAUAAUUUUAUCUAUUCUUUAUUACUCACACAAAGACAAAAAGCAAACAGUUGUGGCAAAUUUUAUAAAUGCAAUGAAUGUGGCAAGGUCUUUGGUCAACCUUCAAGACUUGCAAGUCAUCAAAGAAUUCAUUCCGGAAAGAAACCUUACAGGUGUGAUGAGUGUGGCAAAGUUUUUAGUGUGCAUUCAAACUUAACUGCCCAUAAGGUAAUCCAUACUGGAGAAAAACCUUACAAAUGCAAUGAAUGUGGCAAAGUCUUCACUCAGAAUUCACACCUUACAACUCAUCGGAGAAUUCAUACUGGAGAGAAACCUUACAAGUGUUAUGAGUGUGGCAAAGCCUUUAGUAUUCGUUCAAACCUAACUACUCAUCAGGUAAUUCAUACUGGAGAAAAACCUUACAAAUGUAAUGAGUGUGGCAAGGUCUUCAGUCACCCUUCAAGCCUUGCAAGUCAUCGGAGAAUUCACACUGGAGAGAAACCUUACAAGUGUAAUGAAUGUGGCAAAGUCUUCAAUCAAAAUUCACACCUUGCAAGGCAUCGGAGAAUUCACAGUGGAGAGAAACCUUACAAGUGUAAUGAGUGUGGCAAAGCCUUUAGUCUUCGUUCAACACUAACUACCCAUCAGGUAAUUCAUACUGGAGAAAAACCUUACAAAUGUAAUGAGUGUGGCAAGGUCUUCACUAAAAAAUCAUACCUUGCAAGUCAUCAGAGAGUUCAUACUGGAGAGAAACCUUACAAGUGCAAUGAAUGUGGCAAAGUCUUCAGUCAAAAUUCACAUCUUGCAAGUCAUCGGAGAAUUCAUACUGGAGAGAAACCUUACAAGUGCAAUGAGUGUGGCAAAGCCUUUAGUCUUCGUUCAACACUAACUACCCAUCGGAUAAUCCAUACAGGAGAAAAACCUUACAAAUGUAAUGAAUGUGGAAAGGUCUUCAGUCAUCCCUCAAACCUUGCGAGUCAUCGGAGAAUUCACACUGGAGAGAAACCUUACAAGUGUAAUGAGUGUGGCAAGGCCUUUAGUAUUCGUUCAACACUAACUGCUCAUCAGAUAAUCCAUACAGGAGAAAAACCUUACAAAUGCAAUGAAUGUGGAAAGGUCUUCUCUCUAAAUUCACAUCUUGCAAAUCAUCGUAGAAUUCAUACUGGUGAGAAACCUUAUAAAUGUAAUGAGUGUGGCAAAGCCUUUAGUGUGCUUUCAAGCCUAUCUACACAUCAGUUAAUCCAUACUGGGAAAAAGCCUUAUAAAUGUAAUGAAUGUGGCAAGGUCUUCACUCAAAAUUCACAUCUUGCAAAUCAUCGAAGAAUUCAUACUGGAGAGAAACCUUUCAAGUGUAAUGAGUGUGGCAAAGCUUUUAGUGUGCAUGCAAGGCUUAUUACCCAUCAGGCAGUCCAUACUGGAGCAAAACCUUAUAAAUGUAGUUAGUGUAGCAAGGUAUUCAGUCAAACUUUAGCCUCAGAAGUCAUUACAAAAUUUGUAAUGGACAGUAACCUUUGACAUGAAUGUGACAAGCUCUUCAGUCAAAAUUUACUCCUUGCACAACAUCAGAGAAUUUAUUCUUGGAGAAUCUGUACAAUUGCAGUGACUAUGGUAAACCCCUCAUGAAUUCAAGCAUUAAUUCACAUCAGAGAUCCCAUACUAAAGAGAAAUAUAAAUGUAAUAUACAUGGCAGAGACUUUAUUCAGGCCUCACAACUCAGUAAACAUCAAAAUAUAUAUCUUUCAUGAAACCACACAAGUGUAAUGUGCAUGUUGAGGUUACUACUGAAGGACCAUAAUAUGUAGAUGAGUAUUCAUAUGAGGAAUAAUUCAGUCUCUUGUUCUCCAAGAUUAACCUUUGAUAAAACGUACUGCAGACUAACUAUAAAUCAAAAUAAUAUUAAAACUCAUGAUGAUGUAUAUCAAACAUGCAAGGAUAUUUGGAAAUGGCCAAUUAUCUUCAGAUUAUAAAAUAUUCAGUUAUUUGAGGUUUCUUUAAAGGGCUACUUUCCUAUUCUGACUUUCAACUUGAACUUGGAAAACUGCUAAUAUUAUGCCUUCCUUACAGGCUUCGUUUGGUGUUCUCUGUGAAAUAAUCAAUAGGAAUCAAUAGAAUGAAAGGACCUAAAAAGGAGGACUAUCUUUUAAAAUUAAAUAUCAUUUGAAUUAGAGAGCUUGUGGAAGGGGCGGAGAAUAAUGUAAAACUGUGAUGUCAGUCAUCAUGUUUAUUGUGUUCUGAGUGCACUUCUUUUAACAGAUGGACACUGUGGAUUAUAAGAAAGAAAUGCUGUACUAACGCACCAUGAAGUACAGUAGGCCAAGACCUUUGGCAACUGUGACUUUUAUGGGAGGAAAAGAAUAUAUUAUUAUUUUGAUAAUGUGGUCAAAAUAAUGCAGGGGAAAUGUUGGCCGUGUUUAUUGAAUGGCAAUAGCCUUUAUAUGGUAAAGAUUGAUGAAAAAUUAUUCUUUUUGAAAUUGAAAAGAACAGUUAUUGGGGGUAGAGGAUAAUCAAAAGAACCAGACUACCAUGUUCCUGAGUAGGAUUCACAUUUAACUGUUGGCAUUUGGCGGGGUGGGUAUUUUGACUUCUUUUUAAUUUUUUUCCUUAGUGUGGUCAGACAGGGAUCUGAACCCUUGACCUUGGUGUUAUACCAUGCUCUAGCCAACUGAGUUAUUGCAUUACAUUUUGCUACCGUUUUAUUCAGUGUGUAUUAUAAAUCUAGUGUUUCAACUAAUAAAAUUUAAUUUUACUUAAAUAUGAA